CAGAUGUGCACCAGCCUUCUUAUUGAUCGGACGUCAGUCGUCCGGGCCAAUCGAGCAUGCGGAGUGUUGUGGUAGGCGGACAUGUUCGAGGCCGCCGGAUGCUGAGCCACGGUCUAGUUCGCUUAAAAUUCCAGCAAAACAGCUGCAAACACCAGUCUUUGAACAAACUGCUCUCUCUUUGCGACAAAAUUCAAAGCACCGCCUUUCAGUAUGCUCGAUCUCUCCAAAAACAAGAACCUGGGGGAUAACCUGGCAAAGACCACAGCUCAGCUACGGCUUCGCGCCGAGCAUCUUCUCGCUGAACCAAGUCGUAAUGAUCCUAGACAACGAGUUUUGAUUGCGCUGGCUGGUGUUCCCGGCUCAGGCAAGUCGACUGUCGCGACCACUCUCCUCGAGGACCUGAACAGACACGGCAUAAGACAUCGAUUCACAAUUCUCACUAUCAUGCUUCUCCAGGACGGAUUUCACUAUUCUCGACAUGUUCUUUCGUCCUUCAACGACCCAGCUCUGGCCUUUCGCCGCCGAGGUGCCCCAUUCACCUUCGAUGCAACUGGCUUCCUGGAGAUUGUUAAAAAGCUGAAGCAGAUGCCGGUAACAGGGUGCGGCGAGCACGCGAUGAUCAUUGGGGCGCCGAGCUUUGAUCACGCAGAAAUGGACCCUGUCCCAAACAGCAUUUCCCUGUCCUCAGAAGCGAGAUUGGUGAUAAUCGAAGGCAACUACACGCUUCUGAACGAGGCGCCGUGGGACCAGAUCGCUGAUCUUGUCGAUGACAAGUGGUUUGUCGACGUAGCAGAGGACGUGGCGCGUCUUCGACUCGCAGCCCGACACCUAAAAGCUGGCAUCGAGAACACAAUGGAGCUUGCACUCUUGCGGGCCGACGAAAACGACGUGCCCAAUGGUGCCUACAUACGCAAGAAUCUGAUUGAGCCUCAUGUCCGAAUUAUCAAUUAG